AUGGCAUGUCCGAGGCUUACGGAAUUCAGGUCAACCUCAGUAAAACCUUACUAUUCUGAAGUUGAAAAGCUGCCAGAGGAGUUGCAAGUACCUAAGAAGUACGAUCUUAGUAUCUCGACCGUGCUCGACGAAGAGGAGGGCGAUUCUUACGUUCUAUUUACCAAGGACUUCGAGGUGUUGAUUACCGACAAAGAACGCCGGGAUCAUGAGCUCUUAGCUAAGCUACGAGCCGAGGGAAUCAUUAAGAGCCCCGGGGCACUAUUUCAAGAGAUCUUCGGAUCUAAGUUUGUUAAUGAGAUCAAGGGCAAAGGAACACCAACGCUAUACGAAAAGUCUCGUAUGACGGAUGAUGUUCUUAUGGUUGUUAAUCUAGCUAUGAGGGCAAGGGAAGAGAGGGAGCUGGUUAAAUCCAAGCUGAAGAGCAAGGAAAUAGAGACCCUUAUACACGCCGAGCCAAUGAUUUUCAAUAGAUGCAAGCUAUCCUUGGAUAAGGAAAGGUUCGGAUUGUCAGUUGGGCAAAAGGGGCAAGCUAUCUUUAGCAAUGAGGCUUACAAGUGCAAGAGGGUGAUAAGAGCAGUAUUAGCUUUUGAGCUAUACGCGAUGUCCUUAAGUAUCGAUAUAGCUAUUGCUAUGUCGACUACCUUUGCUUAA